AUGGCCGAUCCAUUCAGCAUUACUGCUGGUGUUGUCGGCGUCGUUGCCGCCACUGUCCAUGCUAUACACGCAGCCAUCGAUUUGAUUGACAGAAUCGAAGACGCACCGUCAGCAGUCUGCCAGAUAAGGACCGAGCUGAAAGACACCCAGUUUGUCAUGCAAUCUCUAGAGAGAACUCUGGAAAGCAGUGAGAACACUACAACUUGGACAAAGCUGUUGGAUGAAUCCAGACUAUCUCAAGCAUUGAAAACGCUGAAAACUGUUUGCGAGGGCUUCGUGGCUACCCUGAAGAAAUGGACAAAACACUCGAAGUCCAGCGAAAAACNNUCUCUUCGGGACAGCUUCAUUAUAGCCACGCACAGUCACAAAAUCUCGCAGCUAUCGACACAGCUUAACAAGUGCAAGCAGACUAUCCAAAAUGCGCAUGCCAUAGAGCAUGUCGUCGAACUGUCAACGCAAGGAAUAGAGGCUACCAGACUUCUUGCUGCACAAAGAGCCGUGAUCGAUGGCUUGCGUUCAGAGGAACAACAACUUCACAUUGCCAGAACGCAAUCAGAAGACACUGGCGAUAUCGACGAUAUAGAACGCGUAGAAGAGGAUAUCCGCGACANNAUCAGCCGAUCCGCGACCGUGAGCGAGUAUGUCGCGAAGUCAUCGGCUGCGACUCGCACACAUCAGGACGUCGGCAAGGUCGUGAUUGCAGAUUUG